AAACAUUUAUGUAAAGUAUGUGAGCGUUUAUGAUCAAGUUCGUGGAAGUAGUUUGAUAUCAAAGGCCUCAAUCUAAUUUUCCGCAAGUUUGUAAAUAUUACGCUGAUAAAUUGUUUUAAUCGUUUAUGCAUCAAAAAUGAGUUACUACGUUGCCAAUCAAAUUUCAUUAAACGAUGAGCGAUGCGUAUCAAGGGCCUGCUAUUGUUGCUGAUUUGCAUAGCAGGGAGCAGCAUUGUUUUUAUUGCCUUCAGCAAUCAGCGACCUUCCAUUCAAACUUUAGUGACGGAGACUCACAAACAGUUACGGAGCUUCCAGGAAAAUUUAAAAGACGUUGAAGAGAAGCGUCUAGUGACAGAUUCUAAAUAUCUUGCAUUGCUUGGUCUGGAUGGGCAGACAAGCACUACACCGAUUAGUCUCAAGCCACAGAAUGUGACGGUUGUGUCGCUCGUAAGGCCUGGAAACGAGCAAUAUAUCUAUGGCUUUGUUAGAAACGUCAGCCACUUUUUGCCAAAUAAUAGUAUUGUGAUUUAUAGUGUUGGUUUAAACGAAGAUUCCUUACAAAGUAUUAGGCUUGCUUGUAACUCUACGAGAUGUAAUGUGAUCCACUUUGAUCUAAGCCCAUUCCCUGCUCAUGUUGAGGAUGACACAUUGCAUGUUUAUAGACCUUUAGUUAUUCAAACAGCUUUAAAUACACUAGGUAGUAUUAUAUAUAUGGACUCUAAUGUACGUCUGAAUUCUUCAGAUGUUGCAAAAUAUCUUUGUCCAAAAUCUGGAAUUUUGACUUGGCCUACAAGGCAUGCUAUUAGUUCUCUAACACAUCCAAAAAUGUAUGAAUACUUUCACGCUUCAGCUGAGAGUUUUUUCUUUCUCCCAUUGAUUAGAGCAUCACAUUUAGUAAUUAGCAAUCUUAAAGAUAUUAGGGAAAAAGUAAUGCUGCCUUGGGUCCAGUGCGCUUUGACAAGGGAUUGUAUUUCUCCUAUUGGUGCACAAUCGGCAGGCUGUAGAUUUAACAAAAAACCACAGUAUCGAUAUUCAGGUUGUCACGCAUAUGACACUUCUGCGUUAAACAUAGUGCUGGGAUUGCAUUUUAACUUCGAUGACAUGUAUUACGUAUACAAGGAGCGAGAAAUGUUUUUUAAUAAGAUUCAGCCUGAGGAGAUCACGGAAGAGUAUCUUAUGAUUACACGACAAAACAACGCUACUGAGACUAAUGCUAAAAAUUUCGUAUCAGAGCGUUAAACAUUUUUUGAUCUCAAUUUAUCUUAAGUGAUAUGUCGAACAAGCACAAUUUAAUUUAAGAUUGUUAAAGCAUUAAAUUAAAAAUUAUAAUAAACAGCAAAAAAG